AUGUACGUGAGCUACCUAUUGGAUAAGGAGGUGCCCAUGUACUCCAGCUCCGUGCGCCACUCGGGGGGGCUCAAUCUGGCGGCGCAGAACUUUGUCAGCGCCCCGCAAUACCCGGACUACGGAGGAUACCAUGUGGCCGCGGCCGGGGUGAACCUGGACAGCGCCCAGUCCCCGGGCCCCUCGUGGCCCUCUCCCUACGGCGCUCCGCUGCGGGAUGACUGGAACGGCUACGGGCAGGGGGGCCCGGCCACUGCGGCGGCCAGCGCGGUGCACGGGCUGAACGGCGGCUCCCCCGCCGCGGCCCUGGCUUACAGCCCGGCUGACUAUCACCACCACCACCACCACCACCCGGGCCCGGCGCCCCACGCCGCCUCCGGGGUCAUGCAGCAGCUCAACCCGGGCGCCCCGGCCGCAGAACAGCUCUCCCCUGGCGGCCAGCGGCGGAAUCUGUGCGAGUGGAUGAGGAAGCCGACACAGCCCGCCCUGGGCGGCCAGGUUAAAACCAGGACAAAAGAUAAGUACCGCGUGGUGUACACGGACCACCAGCGGCUGGAACUGGAGAAGGAGUUUCAUUACAGCCGGUAUAUAACAAUCAGGAGGAAAGCAGAACUGGCCGCUACGCUGGGAUUGUCAGAGAGACAGGUGAAAAUCUGGUUCCAGAACAGGCGAGCGAAAGAAAGAAAGAUCAACAAGAAGAAAUUGCAGCAAUCUCAGCCCGGCGCGGUGCACAGCGGCUCGCAAGCGCUGAGCCCGGUCUCCUCCCUCCAGGGAUCAACGGGUCCUGGCCCAGCUGGGGGCGUCCUGGGAGCUGCUGGGGUCUUAGCGCCAUCAGUGACCCAGUGACCGCAGCCAGAGACUGAGUCGGGGGCGGGGGGGCUUCUGCCCUCCUUGGUGAACAGGAGCCCGACAUUCACAGAACCCAGCGUGGAAAAGGUCACUGGUCACCCAAUGAAACGGACAGAGCCCAGGCUUUUCCCCUCUGUGCACUACAAUGGCCGCACUGACCUUCCUCAACCACACUCCAGCCGUUUGCUUUUUGUACAAAGUGUACAGUGUGUCUGUUUCCGUGGGCGGGGAUAUUCAUGAUCUCGUGUGUUUUUACACUGGCGUUUGCAAUGCAGUAAAUCCCACUGUAGCCGAGAGCUGAACCGCAAUAGUCUGUAAGUUCUCCCGCUGGGAAUCUCGGGGAUCGGUGCGCAUGUUUUCAUUACACAGGCUGGGCUAGCCAUGAAUUUUAAUAGCCAAAUGUAAAGCACAUUUGUCUGUCCCAACCAUAAACCUUCAAAAUGACCAUCUCGCCUUACAGGGCGGGGAAGGUAAGAUAAGACACCGCUUAAAUGUUCCGAAAGGAAUUGCUUCACGUUAGCCACCUGUAAAGGAGCUCAUAAAUCUGGUGCUGGUUUAUUAGUUUUCUGCACUGCCUGAGCUCUCCAGCCGAAACUGCAACUAGCUACACGUGUAAGCGCGAGGAUCGCUGCCUGUGUGAUACUAUUGCCAAGGGGGCUGGGAUGAGAGAGUUGAGAAAUGAACCCAGAGUAAUGUUCUGUUGGUUAAAUUAUGCCAUUCUCUUCUCCCUAACCGAACAACUUCAUACACACAGGGGCCUUCCUGCUUUCCCAGGCUUUAUCCAAGCUUCAUUAUAGGGCCGAUAAUGAAGAGAAAGCCCCCAGGGGAGCCCCUGGGCCCUAGGAAGGUUCUUCAACAAGCUGCCUGGAACACAGACAUUUGGGGGUUGGCACGUUUCAAUCUUUGUAUUAAAUG